AUGGUCAGCCAGGAGAGGGACAAAGGUCAGCCAGGAGAGGGGCAAAGGUCAGCCAGGAGAGGGGCAAAGGUCAGCCAGGAGAGGGGCAAAGGUCAGCCAGGAGAGGGGCAAAGGUCAGCCAGGAGAGGGGCAAAGGUCAGCCAGGAGAGGGGCAAAGGUCAGCCAGGAGAGGGGCAAAGGUCAGCCAGGAGAGGGGCAAAGGUCAGCCAGGAGAGGGGCAAAGGUCAGCCAGGAGAGGGGCAAAGGUCAGCCAGGAGAGGGACAAAGGUCAGCCAGGAGAGGGGCAAAGGUCAGCCAGGAGAGGGGCAAAGGUCAGCCAGGAGAGGGGCAAAGGUCAGCCAGGAGAGGGGCAAAGGUCAGCCAGGAGAGGGACAAAGGUCAGCCAGGAGAGGGACAAGGAUCAGCCAGGAGAGGGGCAAAGGUCAGCCAGGAGAGGGGCAAAGGUCAGCCAGGAGAGGGACAAGGGUCAGCCAGGAGAGGGACAAGGGUCAGCCAGGAGAGGGACAAAGGUCAGCCAGGAGAGGGACAAAGGUCAGCCAGGAGAGGGGCAAAGGUCAGCCAGGAGAGGGGCAAAGGUCAGCCAGGAGAGGGGCAAAGGUCAGCCAGGAGAGGGGCAAAGGUCAGCCAGGAGAGGGACAAGGGUCAGCCAGGAGAGGGACAAGGGUCAGCCAGGAGAGGGACAAAGGUCAGCCAGGAGAGGGACAAGGGUCAGCCAGGAGAGGGACAAAGGUCAGCCAGGAGAGGGACAAAGGUCAGCCAGGAGAGGGGCAAAGGUCAGCCAGGAGAGGGGCAAAGGUCAGCCAGGAGAGGGGCAAAGGUCAGCCAGGAGAGGGGCAAAGGUCAGCCAGGAGAGGGGCAAAGGUCAGCAAGGAGAGGGAUAAAGGUCAGCCAGGAGAGGGACAAGGAUCAGCCAGGAGAGGGGCAAAGGUCAGCCAGGAGAGGGGCAAAGGUCAGCAAGGAGAGGGGCAAAGGUCAGCCAGGAGAGGGACAAGGGUCAGCCAGGAGAGGGACAAAAGUCAGCCAGGAGAGGGGCAAAGGUCAGCCAGGAGGAAGCGCAGUUAG